AUGAGACUGAGUAAAUUGGAAUUGCCUCGUUGCUUCUGUGUUAACACGUGUCCUGAAGCGUCGAUACAGCUUCAUGUAUUCGCCGACGCGUCUGAAAUGGGCUUUGGUGCCGUGUGUUACGCUAGAUACUCACUUCCUAAUGGCACGAUUAAGGUUUCGUUUGUUAUGGCGAGGAAUCGUGUGGCACCCCUAAAGCAGUUAAGCAUACUUCGUUUAGAGCUUCAAGCAGCUGUCUUAGCCGUAAGGUUGUACUGCGUGGUCAAGCAAGAGUUGACUGUUAUCAUCAAAGAUACCAUCUUUUGGAGUGACUCGAAAACUGUGUUGCAGUACAUAGCUAACGAAAGCCGACGUUUUCACACAUUCGUGGCCAACCGGGUCUCAGAGAUUUACGACACAGCCGGCACUUUCCCGGUCACUGUAAUCCUGCCGACGAUUGCACCCGAGGCCUUCGAGCGGCAGAUUUGGAUCAUCAUUGCCGAUGGCUCAAUGGCCCUGCCUUCCUGUCCAAAUCUGAAGAUGCUAAGAGCAAAGAAGCGACUACCAGUUAGAAGCAGACUCAGCGCCCUUAACCCCUAUGUGGAUGAAGCGAAAUGCUUGAGGGUAGGCGGUCGCCUACGCAAAGCCUCCGUUCCCGAAGAGACUCGACACGCUUUGGUACUGGAUCCGAAGCACGAGAUAACGCGUCUAAUUGUAAUGCACAAUCACCUCCGUUUGUACUGUACAACUAACAGGUACGUUUUGAACCAGCUGAGACAGAAGUAUUGGAUCCUGAAAGGGCUGGCCACGGUUCAAAGGAUUUCGUCCAGUUGUCCGUCGUCCCGUAGACUGCGAGCGAAACCCGAACCGCCUGUCAUGGCUGAUCUGCCUGAUUCGAGACUGGGAUAUCAGCAGCCGCCCUUUGCAAAUACCGGAGUUGAUUACUUUGGCCCAAUACUUGUGCGCCACGGAAGAAAAACAGAAAAGCGCUACGGUGUGCUUUUUACGUGCUUGACUACGCGGGCGGUACACCUUGAAAUAGCUCAUUCGUUGGACACUGAUUCUUGCUUGAUGGCAGUUAGAAGGAUCAUGGCCAGACGCGGAAGGCCAGCCAAUAUUUGGUCGGAUAACGGCAAUAACUUUGUCGGGGCCGAAAAGGAACUCCGAGAAGCCCUCAAGCGCCUAGACAGUGAGCGAAUUGGUGAUCAGUUGUCCGACGAAAGAGUGCAAUGA